GAGGGGCUCUCCAAGGCCACCCUGGAGAACGACCCCCAGAGAGCCCAGAUGAGGCAGCAGCAGCAGAAGAAGAAGGUUCAGGGGGACUUCCACGCUCUAAGUGGGAGCGGGGCUGGGUGCUCGUCCUCUCCACCCGAUGGCACAGGGUCCAUCCCCUUCCUGGGCACGUUCCUCACUGACCUGGUGAUGCUGGACACAGCGAUGAAGGAUGACCCGGAUAGGUGCCUAGCCCUGCCCUAUCCCCAAGCCCUGCUCUCAGCCACCGGGCCGAGGCGCCUGCGGUUUCCGAGGGCGACUUCAGCAGGCGGUCCCCAGGAGCGGGCCAGGACACUACGGCGACGGCCACAGGCGGAGGACGGCGCGCCAGGCCGCACUGGACAAGGCGAGGGGCACUGUCAUCAGGGCGCCCAGGGCCGGAGCGCCCCGCCGUCCCCGCUACUCGGGGCUCUGCGGCACGGUGGGGAUGUAGCACAGCCGGAGCACGGUCGGGACACUGCAGCGUGCCCUGCCACUCCCCGUGGUCUCUGCGCGGCUCGCGCGCCCCCUGCUGGUCCCCGGGCGCCACUGCGUCCUCGUGGGCCCAGCUCCGGGCUCGUCGGUGUCCACACUCCCGUGGCCGCGUGUCCGAACCGGGCCCCUCCGCAGGCGGGACAAGGCGUCUCCUGGGGCCUGGCCAGGCCGGCCUGGAGUCCACCCGUGCGACCUCGGCCCCCGCAGUUCAGGGAUCGCGGUCACCACUCGGACUCGGGCUCGCCCUGCUGGCCGCGCAGGCUCGCUGCGUGCUCUCCCCGUCGGUACCUCGGGGAGAGGCCCAGCAGAGGCGGCCCCCCUACAAGCCGCCUCCCGGACCAGGAGGACGGAGACACUGCCUCGCAGAAGACCGCGUGGAAGCCAGGAGAGCGGCUCAGAGCGCGGGCGACCAGGAAGAGAGGAUCAAUUUUCAACAAAGUUACCAACAGCUGCCAUGUGCUAGAUACCAAGAUGUUCUACAGCAGGAUGUCGAGCAAGUUCAACACUGGGGAGAAACCCUAUGUAUGUAAGCAAUGUGGGAAAGCUUUCAGCAAGCGUGAUUAUUGUCAAAUACAUGAAAGAAUUCACACUGGGGAGAAACCCUAUGUAUGUAAGCAAUGUGGGAAGGCAUUCAGCAGACACAGUAAUUGUCAAAUACAUGAAAGAACUCAUAUUGGGGAGAAACCCUUUGAAUGUAAGCAAUGUGGGAAAGCUUUCAGGACACACAGUGAUUGUCAAAGACAUGAGAGUACUCACACUGGGGAGAAACCCUAUGAAUGUAAGCAAUGUGGGAAAGCUUUCAGGACACACAGUGAUUGUCAAAGACAUGAAAGUACUCAUAGUGGGGAGAAACCCUAUGUAUGUAAGCAGUGUGGGAAAGCAUUCAGCAGACAUGGUAAUUGUCAAAUACACGAACGAACUCAUACUGGCGAGAGACCCUAUAUAUGUAAGCAAUGUGGGAAAGGCUUCAGCAGACACAGUGCUUGUCAAAUACAUGAAAGAACUCACACUGGGGAAAAACCCUAUGUAUGUAAGCAAUGUGGGAAAAGUUUCAGCAGACAAAAUCAUUGUCAAAUACAUGAAAGAACUCACAUUGGGGAGAAACCCUAUGAAUGUAAGCACUGUGGGAAAGCUUUUAGCACACACAGUCAUUGUCGAAUACAUGAAAGAACUCACACUGGGGAGAAACCCUAUGUAUGUAAGCAAUGUGGGAAAGCUUUCAGCACACAUAGUAAUCGUCAAGUUCAUGAAAGAACUCACACUGGGGAGAAACCCUAUGUAUGUAAAGAAUGUGGGAAAGCUUUCACCACACAGAGUAGUUGUCGAAAACAUGAAAGAACUCACAGUAGAGUAAAACCCUAUGUAUGUAACCAAUGUGGGAAAGGUUUUACAACACAGAGGUAUUGUCGAAUACACGAAAGAACUCACACUGGGCAGGAACCCUAUGUAUGUAAGUAAUGUGGGAAAACUCAGCAAACACUGCAAUUAUGAAAGCCAUAAAAAAACACAUCGGGCAGAAACCCAAUCUAUGCAAACAAUGUAGGAUAGCUUUCAGCACAUAGUGUUUGUCAAAGACAUGAAAAAACUCACUGGGGAUGAACCCUAUAUAUGUAAGCAAUAAGGAAAAACUCAGUAUACACUGGUACUGUUAAACGCUGGGUAUGUAAGAGAUAUGGGAAAGCAUUGUUAUAGUGGUAAUAUCGUAGACUUUAAAAAACUAAGAGGAAGUCAUAAAAUGACUUGCACUGACCUGAAAGGACACACACAGGAGAGAAAUCUAUUCUGUGUAAGCCAUAUGAAAAAUUUAACCCUAACCAACUUCAGUAACCCCGCAGGCCAGGAUUUUUAUUUUCACUAUGUCAAGAUAUUUGGUGCAUGGUUGAGAGUUCUGCUCGGAUAUACCUGAGUCCUCAGUCAUGGGAAUAGUAUUCCUUUGCAUGUCUUCCUAGUUUUCUUUGCCAUAUGUUCACAAAUGUGAACAUAAAGCCACACCUUUCAAGGAUAGCAUAGAAUUUUACAUCAUAAAUAGAAUACUCUUCAGCUUGCAUGUCUGUGUUUUCUUUCUGUGAGUUUCUAAUCUACACUCUUCCUGAUGUCCAGCAGCCAGUCAGGCCACUGGUUGCUGGGUGUCUGGAGGCCUCAUGAUUGCAUCUGUGCUGUUUUGUUUACUGUGCCCAAACUGUAAGUUUUCUCUCAUUUUUUCCAUGUUAGAAUGUGGGCAAACAUACAUAAACCUAUAGCGUCUUUCCACAUGGUAAUUUAUUGUGUAAAUAUUUUUCAAUAAAUGUUAUUUUUUAAAAAGAUUUUGGUGAGACUUAAUAACAAUAUAAAUAUCCUGGGAACACUCAGAAACUUAUAAAUGAGCCUUGGGCAGUGGUUAAGAGAACCACGUGAAAUAAAUCCUAUUUGACUUAUCCUCGUCUUCCCCUUGGAUUACCACUAUCACUUCUUUGGCUAUUUUUCCUAAAUAUACCAUGUGUCAUUGUCACUAUGCAGUAUUCUCUCCAUUUUGAACCUUGGAAUGUUCAGUGAGUGAGUAGUAUGGAAAUUGCACAGAAGUGUGUUGCAUGUAGUUACUUCGUCUCACUGUAUUUCACAUGUGCUCUUGUCUGAGGGGCAAAGGGCUUCCUCGUCUGUUAUAGUGGUCACAUGGUUGAAGUUUUUUCAUGUUUAUUUUUUAUAGAUGUGAAAAUAAUCAUUUGUCUCCAGAAACAACAACACUAUUUUUUCUGGACAUUGGAAUAAAGUCACUGGUCUGUAGAUUUUGGUGUACUCCAAAGGUUACGGCUGUGGAGUGUGUCAUUUCAUCAUUUGUUCUGCUUCCUAGUAGAGUCUACCAUUCCAUUUUCUUUGGCUAUGUCCUCAACCAAGUUCAUAGAUCUUGUUUAUAGUUGGUAUUUUCUCUUGAAUUAUAUAUGUUUUAUUCAUUUUUAUGUGUUCAUUUAUUUUCACCAAGUACACAAAUUCUUUUUAUUGUAGAGUACAAAUACAUAUUUCUAAUUUCUUGUCUCUUUUACCUCCCUUUAUUUACAUAGAUUUAACUUUCUCCAAUUCUGAUGGAUUCAUGAUUUUCUUCUGGGGAAAUAAUUUUUUCACUUCCAAAUGAUAUUGACAGAUAAUUCUCAAAGUAUUCAAGUUUAUCUUUCUCAUUUCAAGGUGUAACUUAAUUAUUAGACAUGGACUGUGAAGAGUAAAGUGCAUGUUUCAGUGUAUGUACCCGUUUGUUCCUGCCUCCUGUAUUGAACAGAUGAUGAUUUCUGCCAUUUUGUACAGUAAGAGUUCUAAAUGAAUCAAUAUUCUAUUUUUAUGUGAGCCACUGAAUCUCUCUAAUAGAUUUCGAAUCUUUUUCCUAUAUAUUAAGCAAUGUGUCACCUUUUCUGGUUAUUGAACACUGUAAAACUUUUGUUAUACUAAACAUAGUUUUUGCCAAAUCAAAGGUGAGAUUUGGAUAUGACAAAAGUUUUUCUACCAUUUUUCCUUUUAUUAAUGCUUGUUAAUUUAAAAAAUAUUGGGGUUUAUUACAUUUAUGUUUUGAUCAUAUCCAAUCCCCUAUUUGUCUCCCUUAUGGCACCUUAGAAAUUUUUCAUAUCUCUGUGACUGGUGACCAUUUCUUUGUCCUUGAGCUGUAAGGCAAUACAUUUUCCAUGAUCUGAUUUAAUUCUUAGACAUUCUCUAAUAAAACCUAAUAUUUUUAUUAACAGUUUAAGUUGUCAUUCAUUAAUUUUCCAUAGUGUCUCAAGAUUUUUUAUGAAACCAGGUUCAACUUCGAAAAUGCUGUCUAAAUACAGUCUGAGAAGAGAGUGAUCAAUUUCCUAAGUAAGUUGAGAAAAGGUAUUUUUUAUGAUGUCAGAGCAAUUCAUUAGAUAUUUUUCUACCUGAGUUUUUUACUGGAUUCUGAUCACCUAGGCUUCCUUUAUGAAUCAUAAUAUUGCGACAGUGUAUAGAGAAAACUGGUGUUAACCAGUAGGAAAACGAGUGGUCCCAUUCUGCUGUUGCCUUAGCAGUGAAUUCUAAUCCAGCAUCAAAUUCCUGUGUAAGAUGUGUAAAUGUUUGAUGACCAAGACAUGAAGUAAACAUUUGGAGAACUCAGCCUCAUUUAAGCUUGUUAUGAGUAGAUUUGAGAUGUUUCAUGUGAGUCUCUAUCUUCUUAGAUAUAUGUCUGCUGAUUUAGGAGGCAGUGACCUAGGGAGAUGUGGCACUGAACUUCACCAUGGAGGAGUGGGCUUUCCUUGAUCCACCUCAGAAGAAGUUCUAAAGAAAUGUGAUGUGGAAAACCUUUAGGAAUGUGGCUUCUGUAG